AAAAAAAAAACCGGGAAUUUUUUUAUUAAAAAUUGAACCAAUUUCACCACCAUCAUCACCUCGUAUAUUUUCUCAACCGCCGUUCACCCACGGCAAUGGACGAUACUCCCCAACUCCAAUCCAAUUCCGAACAACCUCUCACUCUUCACACACUAUCUUCCAUAAGGUCCCUUCUCAUAAACCCUUCAACUCCAAAACCCACCCUUUCCUCAAUCCUCCAAACCCUAACUCGUUCCUCACAACUCACUCACCACACUCUCAACCUCCUAACCGACCUCGCAAUUCACCAUCCUUCCUUUUCUCAACUCGCUCUCGACUCACUCCUCACCGCCACCGAAUCCCCUACUCGCCUCGCCGUCGAUUCACUCGCGUCAAUUUCAGAACUGAGUUUCCCUGACUCGUUCGAACUCGAUGAUGGACGCUUUGUUUCUCUGUGUUUUGGACCUUCCAUUCCCGGUCGGAUAUGGAUGCUGAAGAAUGCGGGUUAUUUGUUCAAGGUCCGACCCGCAUUGUUGUUUACGGUGUUGUUAGGGUUUACGAAGGAUCCUUAUCCUUAUGUGAGAGCUGCUUCGUUGGAAGGGCUUGUUGGUUUGAGCGAACGUGGAGAUUUCAAUGAUGUUAGUAUGGUGAAAGGUUGUUAUCAACGUGCUCUUCAGCUUCUUACUGAUAUGGAAGAUUGUGUUAGAAUCUCUGCUGUUCGUGUUGUAGCUUCUUGGGGUCUGAUGUUAUCAGCUUCUAAUGCAGACAUGAAGGCAUAUUGGUGCAAUGAAGUAUUUGCUAAGCUUUGUUCUAUGGUGAGAGACAUGAGCAUGAAGGUCAGAGUUGAAGCCUUUAACGGCCUUGCAAAGAUGGAAAUAGUAUCUAAGGAUUUUCUUUUGCAAAGCUUAUCAAAGAGAGUUUUAAGAAAUGAAAAGCAAAUGGAAGCUAUGGAUCAGAGCACCUCUGAACAAUUUGUGACGUUGGCAACUAGUGUUGCUGGUGCACUAGUUCAUGGGCUUGAGGAGGAGUUUUUUGAGGUGCGGAAGUCUGCAUGCCAGUCUUUACACACACUGACAGUCCUCUCUGUUGAGUUUGCUCGUGAAGCCUUAGACUUGUUAAUGGAUAUGUUGAAUGAUGAUUCUGUGGUGGUUCGGUUACAAGCUUUAGAAACCAUGCAUCAUAUGGCAAUUAAUGGCUGUCUAAAGCUUCAGGAAAAGCACUUGCACAUGUUUCUCGGUGCUCUAGUGGACAACUGUAGGGAAGUAAGAUGUGCUGAAAGGAAAAUACUUAAAAUAGUGAAGCUAAAUGAUCUGGCUAUGUUCAAAUCAUCUAUUGACAGACUUAUGGAAAAUUUAGACAGUUAUCUGCAGGAUGAAGCUGAUGUAUUUUCUGCGUUCUCUCAUCUUGGUCGAAAUCACAAGAAAUUUGUAGGCUAUAUCGUCAAGGAAACUUUUGAAGAGGUAGAAGCAGCUUUUGAAGGAAAUGAUGAAUUUAAGAGUGCAAGGAUAGCUGCACUUUUAAUCAUUUCUAUAUCUGCCCCGCUAUUUAAUGAAUAUUUAGGCGUUAUACCACCAGUGUUGUUUUCUUAUGCAGUUACAUUGCUAGACAGAAUUUAUUAUGCUUUUAGUGAUAUCAUGGAUAAGGAUGCCCUUUUGGCAUACCUCUGUGAGAAAAGCAGACCUCCAAGCUAUUCUGCCCCAAAUAUUAGCCACGGUGAAGGGGAACAACAAUUGCCUUUAAUUGAAGGUGAUACUCCAAAUUGUGCUAGCAAUGGGAUCAUUGAUUCAGAAGUUGGAUCACAAAUCAUGAAGGAACAAAAAGAGCUACCCAGCUAUCAGGUAGAACAACAUCAAUCAGAGUAUAGUGAAGUUACAAAGUUCGUAAACUUCAUUCUUGCAAAGUGCCCUGAUAUGUGGCAAACGAUAGAGACAGGUCUUACAAAUGAAGUGUUAAGGUCGUUGAGGUGUUUGAAGGAGGAAUUAUCAACUAUGAAAUUUGACUCUUUAGGGUCUCAUGAUGCUUUGGCAUUUGCAUUACUGUAUAUCCGGAUAAUAAUAUUGCUUGUAGAAGUGUGGGAGCACUUGUUGCCAGCAAAAGGUUCCCGUUCUCAUGGAAUGGGAGAAUUGGAAUUCAAAUUGGGAAAGCUUGAUAGGAGGAUUAAAGAAUUGAUGAGUACGUUUGUAGGUUUUUCUGCGGAAGAAGAAUUGAAUAUGUUGGAGCUUAUAUUAGUGACUUAUGCCCUCAGGUUAUGUAAAUUGGAAACCAUUUGUGUCAAUCUUACAUUCAAGAGAUUGACUUCUAUAUAUUCAUGCGUUGAAUCUAUCCUUAAAGAAAGAUCGGUUUUGCCAUCCAAUUUUGUAGUUGAACUUGGUAAGUUAUUACAUGAGUGUUCACUUCAGUUUGAUAGAUGUCUCAAGCUCUUCUCCUUGAAGAAGUUUGUGUUUCAUGGAACAGUGAAACAUCUAAAGGCGGAACUAAGCAUUUCCAAUAAUGACUCUCUACAUCCUUUCCCCUUUGUUUCAGGACUACCGGUUAGUAUACCAUGUAAAAUCAAACUCCAUAAUAUUAUAAGUAAUUGUAAGUUGUGGUUGAGGAUGAGUUUGGAUGAUGGCUUAGUACAAUAUGUCUUUCUUGAUUUGGACAAUUUUAUAGGCACCGGAGAUGUAAAAAAUUUUGAUUUUGUUGCCCCAUUUUACAGAACACCAAAAUCUAAUUCUUUUACAUUGAAAGUUUGUAUUAGCUUAGAAUGUUUGUUUGAAAAUGUUAGUCCAAUCCAAAGGUAUGGAGGACCAAAAUAUGAACUAGUACCUCUUUGUAAAGAAAAACAAGUAUAUUAUUUCAAUGUUAAUAAAGAUUAAUCAUUUAUCCUUUGCUAGUCAAAACUAGCACCUACAAGUGGUCUA